ACGGAGGAGACAGUAUGAAUUUUGAGGCUGCCACCACAAAUUCAUUCACCUAUUUGAUUAAAAUCCCACCUACUUAUAUUCGUGCUCUUCAAAAAUCCGUCUUAUUAGCAAUUGAAGAGCUACAGGUUGAUGAAAAGAAAAAUAUCAGGGAUGCACUUGAGUUACAAGUUGAAGACGAAUUAGUAAGUCUGUCGUCUUUGUUUUUUUCAAUUAAUUGAUUUUAUUUUUAUUUUUUUUGUUAACACAACACAAAUGUUAUUUGUCCAAAUUUGCAGUCCCAUAAAGAGAUUCUCGCUGCGUAUUACGAUUAUGCCGAGGGCGUUGAGGUAUCAGCAAGUUUAAUUUUGAGUUCAAGACGUAAGGAAAGAGACGAGCUUCUUAGUACUAUUGACAAAGUCAAAAAUUCAAUAUCUAUCGAGCAUAUCGAUAGUAAGGUAUGCAUGGAAGGAAACGCCAUUCUUUCUUUUGGAGUAGUAAAAAAAUUGUUUUGUUUUCUAAAAUGUUGAAAUUUUGCAGAUAAGCGACUUGGAAGCUUUGAUGAGUGUUGAAUUUGAGGAUAAACAUCGAUUCACGCGUCAAUUCAAUCAACUGAAGCGACGUCGUGAGAAAUUAUCUUCUCUCUUGGAUACAGAAGUAGAGAUGCGUGAAGCAAUAGAGGACGCUGAAGACCAUUUAAAGGUAUGUAUGUAUACAUACGUAAUAUUAGUUUUCUACAACUUUGUUUCAUUAAAUGUAUAAAACAUAUGCAUAUUAGAGCGGAUAAUGAAUUUGGUUUGCGCAGUUUUUAGAGAAGGAGAUUCAGAUCCUCGAAGACGGUGACUUAGAAGCUGAAGCACGUUUUAUGAAAUUCUUGAAUAAAAAAGAUGAUGCCAUGCAACGAGUGGAAGAACUACAAUGUCAGUACAAAGUUGCAACUCAUGUUUGCGAAGAGGCAAUUGCUAACAAGGAGAGUAUAGAAAAGUCUUAUCGUGACAAGAUGUUACUCCUCGGCGACUGCAGCUCGAAUAGAGUCCCUGCCCAUUUACAUGUAGCAUCCGCGGAUCGAGUGGGGCUCUCCCACUGCAAGAAUAAUGUGGAAAAGUUUAUGAAAUGGUGGAACGAAGAUGAGGAAUUUCGAAGAGAGUAUGCCAAGUUCAACGAAAGUAGUACCAUUACUAGAUUCGGGAGUUUAGACGGGACCAAUUCACUUGUCCCUGAUAAGGAAGCCAAACCUAUUCAUGUUAACGAAAGAGCUAAAAGCAACAAUCAUGACCAUACAAAAUUGCAAAAGAAACCAUAGGAAUAAAAAUUGAGGAGUCGGAGAAGAAGACGGGUUUUAUUGAUUUGUUGGCAAAAUUGCAAUUCAAUCCCCUAAUUUAAGGUUUACAUGUUUAGCAAAAUUGUAAUUUUGCCCCUAUUGAAGGGUAUAUUUGUCUUUUUAGGUUCAGUCAAUGACUAAAAUCGUAAUGGGUGU